UCUCAUUCCCCCCACCCACGCACUCAACAACUUUCCAAGUCACCUUUACCAACCCCCAACCACACUUCACAAUGCCUCCCAAGUCCGCUGUCGCUUCCAAGGCCCCCGCCUCGCAGGCCUCCAAGGCCCCCGCCGCUGCCUCGAAGGCUCCCGCCAAGGCCGCCAAGACCUCGUCGUCGGCCAAGGAGGGUGGCAAGAAGCGCACCAAGAAGCGUGUCGAGUCGUACUCUUCGUACAUCUACAAGGUCCUCAAGCAGGUCCACCCCGACACCGGUAUCUCGAACAAGGCCAUGGCCAUUCUUAACUCGUUCGUUGCCGACAUCUUCGAGCGCAUUGCCACCGAGGCCUCGAAGCUCGCUUCGUACAACCACCGCUCGACCAUCUCGUCGCGUGAGAUCCAGACCGCCGUCCGUCUCAUCCUCCCCGGUGAGCUCUCCAAGCACGCCAUCUCGGAGGGCACCAAGGCCGUCACCAAGUUCUCGUCGACCAAGUAAGCUGCUGCUGCUGCUCUAUGCGCGCGCGCUGCUAGUCACGAAGGGGAGUGGAGAGGUGGAGGUUGUAUUCGCAAGAGCCGAGUGUGGUUGGUUAGAUAGCCCUCCAUAUACUCCUUUUCGUUUUCGUUCUGCUCUUUGUUGAUGGAUGCAUGUUCCAUCGUGUUACA